AUGGCGGAGUGCAUCUUAGAACAGCUCAAAUCCCAGCCGACAUGGCUUCUCCUCCUCCUAUCACUAUCCAUCUUCUCCCUCCUCAAGCUCUCAAUCUCGAUCCUCAAAUGGGUCUACGUCAAUUUCCUCCGACCCGGCAAAAACCUCAGGAAAUACGGCGCGUGGGCUUUAAUCACGGGCCCCACCGACGGCAUCGGCAAAGCCUUCGCCUUUCAGCUCGCGAGGAAAGGGCUCAACUUGGUCCUGGUCGGGCGUAACCCGGAGAAGCUCAACGAGGUCUCGGAGUCCAUCAAAUCCAAAUACGGGUCGGCCCAGAUCAAGAACGUGGUGGUGGAUUUUGCCGGGGAUCUGGAUGACGGCGUCUCGAGGGUUGAGAAUGCCAUCGAGGGUUUGGAUGUUGGGGUUCUGAUCAACAACGUUGGCGUGUCCUAUCCGUACGCGAGGUUCUUGCACGAGGUGGAUCACAAGCUUUUGAGCGAUUUGAUUAAGGUCAACGUCGAGGGUACCACUAAAGUCACCCGAGCUAUCUUGCCGGCGAUGGUGAAGAGGAAAAAGGGGGCUAUUGUGAAUAUUGGAUCCGGUGCUGCUUUUGUCAUUCCAUCUGAUCCACUUUAUUCGGUUUAUGCUGCUACAAAAGCAUAUGUGGACCAGUUCUCGAGAUGCCUCUAUGUGGAGUACAAGAAUAGUGGGAUUGAUGUGCAGUGCCAGGUACCAUUGUACGUGGCAACAAAGAUGGCAUCCAUCAAAAGAUCGUCCUUUUUUGUCCCGUCAACUGAUAGCUAUGCUCGUGCUGGCCUAAGGUGGAUAGGCUACGAACCUCGGUGCACUCCUUAUUGGCCACAUUCCAUCUUGUGGGCUUUGGCAAAAUCUUUACCAGAAUGGGUUGUUGAUGCUUGGCGUUUGAGGUACUGCCUUGGCAUUCGGAAGAGAGGACAGCUAAAGGACUCGAGGAAGAAGGAAUAG